AUGUCUGUGGAAAAGAUGGUAAAAGUAGAAAGUUUUCAAAGGGCCCUGGUACUUAAGAAGACGGUGGACAGGUGGCGUAAUUCACACACUCACUGUCUGUGGCAGAUGACAUUAAGCCAGAGGAGAAACCCAUAUGCCAUCCUAAGGAUGCAGGACACUAUGGUGCAGGAGUUGGCACUGGCCAACAAGCAAUUACUGAUGGUCCGUCAAGCUGCCCUGCACCAGCUGUUUGAAAAGGAGCAUCGGCAGUACCAACAGGAACUAAGUCAGAUGGGCAAAGCUUUUUAUGUGGAGAGACUCUAA